AUGAUGAAAUUCAUUUGUUUGGUGUUGCUCCUAUGCACUGCGCAGUCCACUUUGGGGGCGUGGCAGAAAAUCGACGGGGGUCUGAAACACGUCUCAGUCGGCCGAGCUGGUGUAUGGGGCGUCAACAACAAUGACAACAUCUACUACCGCAGAGAUACAUACGGAGACAAUGAAAACCCGGGAACAACCUGGACUCAAAUCGCAGGAGGACUGAAACAAGUCGAUGUUGGUGACGACAUGGUCUGGGGUGUCAACUCCAAUGAUGAUAUCUUCUAUCGAUCUGACAUCAAUGAAGGCGAUCAAGACGGGGCUGAAUGGGUCAAAAUUGAUGGAAAAUUGAAGCAUAUUAGUGUCAGCCAAAAGGGGCAUGUUUGGGGGGUGAACUCCGGUGAUAAGAUCUAUCACCGUAUCGGGGUUAGUGGUUGCAGCAAAGCAGGCUCAAGCUGGAAACUGAUCGCGGGUGGGUUGAAGCAAAUUUCAGUUGGUAGCUCGGGUGUUUGGGGAGUCAACUCCGGUGAUCAAAUCUUCUACCGUCAGGGGACCUUCGGGGACCCGGUCGAAGACACCGAUGGGUCCGGCUGGACCAAUGUGGCUGGCGGUCUCAAGUACAUCAGCUCCGCUGAAGUGGUGUAUGGUGUCAAUGCAGGGGAUUCGAUCUACUACCGUGCAGGUGUCUGUGAGGAAACCCCAGUGGGUACAUCUUGGGUGCAGAUUGCUGGAGGGCUGAAACAGAUUGAGUCACUAUCACCUGUUGUCUGGGGCGUCAACUCAAACGCUAAUAUCUACACAAAAGAAGAUGAUGCUUAA